AUGGACGCUCUCUAUCAUGUAUUCAGCAUUCGUCAAGCUUCUACCAAUGCAAACGACGACCAGAACAUCGGUUCGAGCAGGAAGAGCUCUCCUUCAUUAUCAGGCCUGGUCUCAACCCUGGUGCCGACUCUCAUCAUCGCCGCCGUCUAUUUCGGUAUUUUCUUGGUUCUGCGCACGAAAUUCCCCCGCCAAUAUGCGCCUCGAACCUAUCUGGGCGCUCUUCGGCCACAAGAACGAACGCCAGCACCUCCCAAUACUCUUCUGGGCUGGAUACCGUUCAUGAGAAAGCUACCUGAUGAGUAUGUUCUCCAGCACAACUCCCUCGACGGCUAUUUCCUGCUGCGCUAUCUCAAAAUGUCGAUCAUCAUCUGCCUCAUCGGCUGUCUGGUGACCUGGCCCAUCUUAUUCCCUGUCAACGCCACGGGGGGAGGCGGGCAGACCCAGCUCAACAUCCUCAGCUUCAGCAACGUCACAGACAAGAACCGGUACCUGGCGCACACUUUUAUCGCAUAUGACUCGCGAUAUGAUACCCAAUGGAAACCACUUUUAGCGAAACCACUUUUAGCGCGGUGUUUAGGCAUUUCCAAUGCCAAUGACGCCUCACAAAUCGUGAUUCCAUCUACACGUCUCGUUCCCGUAGACGGGAUGCAGUGCUGCAUCAAACGUGCAAAGCGCAAUAAUGUGUAG